AUGGCGACGGAUGGCUCCUGCAAUAACUUACGGAGAGCAAAUGAGUAUUCAGAGAUCGUCCGGUCGGUGCAAGAACUAGUGGAGUCGUUUUUCGAGGCAGCAGAAAAUGAUGUCGAUAGCCUUGAGACCGGCAACGGCCUUCAAGCUGGGAGCACCCCGAAUCACACAACUUUGGAGGCUCAUGUGCGGGAGGACCUUCGCUCUGCCCUUGCACUAUCGCUGCCCACGGCGGGCUUGGGUCAUACAGACCUGGUGUCUACGGCCGAAUCUCUUUUACAGCAUUCGGUGAAUACUUCGUCCCCAGCAUUCCUGGACAAGCUGUGGUCAGCUCCCUCGGUACCGGGAAUCGCAGCUGACGUUCUGCUGUCUUCUCUGAAUGGGAAUGCCCAUGUGUUCCGGGUUUCGCCCGCAUUCACCUUUGUAGAGAAACAUGUGGGCAAGGAGCUGGCAAAGCUCUUCGGUCUCGAUGGCCCGUACGCUGGAGGCAUUACCUUUCCAGGCGGCGCAGCAUCUAACACCACCGCGCUUCUGGUAGCUCGCAACGUCCGUUUUCCAGAACUGAAGAACUCGGGCCUCAUUGCAUCUCCUAGGCCGCUUGCGGUUUUUGUCUCUGAAGCAGCGCAUUAUUCCAUGAUCACCGCUGCUGGACUGCUAGGAAUCGGCCUUGCGUCAGUUCGGAAGAUCCGCACUACCGAGGCGGGCACCAUGGAUCCCGCAGCUCUGAAAGCAGAGCUUCAAGCCGCCGUGGAUGCGGGCCACAUUCCAUUGUUCGUUGGCGCAACGGCUGGAACCACUGUGCGUGGAGCAUACGACCCUCUCCGUGAGAUUGGAGCGCUAGCACAUGAGUAUGGUGCUUGGUUCCAUGUCGACGGAUGCUUUGGAGGAGCCGCGAUUUUCUCCGAAAAGCUCAAGUACAGGCUAGACGGGAGUGAGCUUGCCGAUAGCAUUGCGUUCAAUCCACACAAGCUAUUAGGCGUGCCGCAGAUAUGCUCUUUCCUGCUGGCCAAAGACCUAAAGACCUUGUGGUUUGCAAAUCGGCUAGAGGCCGGGUAUUUGUUCCACGAUGAUGACUUGGAUAGCGCUUUCGGAGUUAACAACAUAUUCAACGGCAAUGCAGCGAAUGGCUCUAAACAGAGUAGUCACAGUGAUAAUACCAAUGCUCAUUGGCGUUCGUCAAGAGGCUUGCUCGAGGCUCCGGACCCAAACCGUGUCUACGAUCUCGCAUCGUUUACACCCCAGUGCGGCCGACGCCCAGACUCCCUCAAGCUGUACUUCCACUGGCGCUAUUACGGAACAGAAGGCAUUGCAAAGCAAGUAGAGGCUGCAUACGAGGGCGCUCAGUAUCUGAGCAAGCUAAUCGCAGCAAGUCCCAGCCUGGUUCUUGUGGGAAAGAACUAUGAAGUUCCCUGCACUCAGGUGUGUUUUUACUAUGACCGGCCAUCGAGCGCGGUCAGCCUCAGUGAACAACAAGAGGCCGAGCAGAAUACCCACUAUACGCGGCUUAUUGCCUCGGGCCUUGAGAAACGGGGAUGGAUGGUUGAUUUCGCUCCAGGAUCUGGUCGGAACGGGGAGAGAGGUCACUUUGUACGAAUAGUCUGCAACAGGACAACUACGCCAACGGUCUGUAACGGCUUGAUGAAAGCUAUCCUAGAUAUUACUGCCGAUGUCGCUCGCAACGAUGUUUAG